CUCCCUCCCUCUCUCCCUCCCUCCCGUACACACACCACUACAGCAUAUCAGCUAGCGACUAAACGGGAGCCGGAGGGGAGAGCAGAAAUGAAUGUGAAGAUUCUGACGCUGGCGCUCAUGCUGCUGCUGUCUCUCCUGUCCGUUGGCGGUGCUGGACCCAUGGCCUCCGUGGAGCAGGGCAAGGGGGUGGAUGUGGGCAACUUGAGGAGGCUGGUUCAACAGAGCCCAGCCAGGAGUGCCCAAAGCCACAGAGCGGCUGGAUGGAGAAGACGACGCCCACGCCCUCGCCUCUCGCACAAAGGGCCCAUGCCAUUCUAGAACAGACAUUGGUAAGACGCCCCUCCCCCCAGGUCCUGAUUUCUAAGCUCUUCCUUUGCCUCGGGGGGGAAUACAAAGGGGGCCCAGGCUAACCCAGCCUGAGGAGACACGUCCAAGGGGCCUCCUGGUUCUUCUCGCAACUCUUCAUCUGUCCAGAAAGCAGGAAAAGCUACUCACCCUCAGCUCUGCAAAGAAAUGAGAGGGGAGGGGGGAUGGGUAAGAAGAGAUGGGCAUGCAGCCCGAAGCUGCCUGAUUCUCUGUUUUGCACCCUCUCUCUCUCUCUAUGUCUCUCUCUCCCUCUCUGUUAUUCUCACUUGCUUUUUAGAGGUCCUUUGUUGCCAUCUCCCGAGUGCCACACACUUUGCAUGACGUGUGGCCUAUGUGGAGUCUGGUCCAGACCAUUUUAGUCUUAAAGUAUCAGACACUUCUCUAAGGUGUGAUAUUCCCGCUAUCUCCAGUUAUCAUGGCCAUUAAUUGCAAUGUUAUGCUGCCAUUUUUGGCACUGCUAAUGGAAUGUGUAGUGGUAGUUCAGGUGGGUAAAAUCAGGCAGUGAAAACUGGGUUAGAUCUUGGCACCCAGAUGUGACUGUCAGUUCAUACAGUACUUGUUCCAAUACUUCUCUCUGAACAGAAAUCAAAAAACAAAUGAGGCUGUCACAAGUUUCGUUAAUAUUGUAAUUACUGCUCUGUAUGUGUAAUUAUUCUGAUGUAAAGUAAAUUUAAAGUGAAUUCCGAACAAUUCCAUUAUAUUAUCACAAAACUGUGCACUCAGCCAGACAUUUUGCCAUUUGUGUCAACCUUUAUCCAUUUAUUCAGAAGUCGCUUCGACCCAAAGCGACUCACUUAAACAGCCAAUUAACUCCUGGGUUGCAGGAAUCUUUCUCGAGAGUGCUGAUGCAUGGUCCCACAUGGAAUUCUGCCUGCAGCCCUCUGUUCUGGAAGCCUGAACCGCUGUCGCCUUCCCCACCCCUGCAGCCUUCAGCAGCUGCUCCAACACAUCUAGGUAUCUAGGAGCACUCUCACAUACGACUGUUCACUGGCUGGGGCAGGCUGCGUAUCCUGCAGAAAACCUCCCCUUUUAAUCAAGUGCCAAAUAACGAUUUGCUCCGCAAUAUGCUGCCGGAAAAUAGACAGGUUACCUCUUCUGAAAAGUCUCAAAAUACUGAUACCGACACAAGCAUUAAAAACGUACUUAAAGAAACAUCUAAAUGCGCAGCCAUACAGGCCAUCUGCAAAAUGCAGGAAACCGAUAGCUGGAUAGUAUUACACCAAAAAACCUUUAUCAAAGCAGUCCCUUUGACAGCUCGGUAGAUAAGCGACUGUAUCCAGCCUACCCACAAUGCACUCUUUUUCUGACCAGCUGGUACCAGGCUGGAUUCCCCUGGUGUAGAAUGGACUGUGACUUAUGAUUGAUGGGAUGCUAUGCCUUUAUAUCAUACUGGAAUUUGUUACUGUUUUUCUUUUUAAUUUUAUUUCCUCAGGGUGCUGUAAUAGAAGCCUAUAUCUGAGCAGUCUUUAUUCUUUAUGAAACACUAUAUAUACACACAUACACACACGUGCGCACACACACAAACACACACACACUAUAUAUAUAGAUGUGUAUGUAUACUUAUUCAGUAUAUGUCCCUGCCUGUGUAUACACUGCUAGCUAUGUGCAAAGAUACAGUUCUUGUCAACCACUACUAUUCCUUGGUGUGUUAUCGUUGCUUUCCAGCUUCAGUUUCACAGCACAGGUGGUGUUGACACAUAUCAUUACAAUCCUUACAUCCCUUGGCUAAUCUUUCUCAUAUGGGCCUCCCCAAGAAUGCCUAAAGCUGGUCAUUAAGAUUCUGAGCUCUCAUGGCGGGGGCCUCAUCCACCACCUCUCACCUGUUAGACAUAACCAUUCACAA